UCUGGGCAUAGGUGUGUGGCACUGCUGGGUGGCACAGGUGAGUGCACUGCUGAACACAGGAGGGUGCACUGCUGGGCACAGGUGGGCACAUUGCUGGGCACAGGGUGCUGGAACUGGUGGGUGGCACUGCUGGGCACCGAUCAUCAGGGCACUGAUCAUCAGUGCCCUGAUGAUUGCGUGAGGAAAGUGCAGCCGAGAGCCGGCAAUUGCAUUUCCCGGUGAUCAGCGUGUCAUUGGACACGGCUGAUCACGUGGUAAAAGGCCGCUGUGAUUGGCCUUUUACCACAUUAUGUGAUCCACUGUG